AUGGACGAUGGAUCCAUUGCGAUCGUGGGCAUGGCAUGCCGCUUUGCCAACGUAGCAUCUCCAACCCAGUUUUGGGAUAUGAUUGAGAAGGGUCGGAGCGGCCAUGGUAGAAUACCUGAGCGGUGUUUUGAUGCUGACGCCUGGUAUCACCCAUCAAGAGGUCGACGUGGAGCGGUCAUCACCAAAUCUGGAUUCUUUCUUGACGAUGUCUCACAUUUUGAUGCUCCCUUCUUUUCCAUCACUUCUUCCGAGGCGGCAGCAAUGGAUCCGAUGCAGAGGCUGGGGCUCGAGGUGGCAUAUGAGACGUUUGAAAACGCGGGUAUUACAAUGCAAAACCUGUCAGGGAGCAGGACUGCGGUUUACAGCGGUGUCAUGACUGCUGACUAUCAGGAAAUCGCCGAAGGUGACUUAUUUUCCCUUGGAGAUCAUCCUGGAAGUGGAACGGCGAAAUCGAUCUUGGCCAACCGUAUAUCAUGGUUCUUUGAUCUUCGCGGCCCCAGCCUGUCAUUGGACACGGCUUGCUCUUCUGCUCUCUACAGUCUUCAUCUUGCUUGCCAGGCAGUGCUAGCUGGAGAAUGUGACCAGGCACUAGUAACUGGCACGAAUCUCAUCCUCCAUCCUAAUCUCAUGGCUCAGUUCACUGCGAUGCACAUGAUCACCCCUGAUGGAAUUAGCCACACAUUUGAUGAGUCGGCUAAUGGAUACGGUAGGGGUGAAGGAGUGGCAGCGGUGAUGGUUAAACCCCUCAAGGAUGCCAUUAGAGAUGGAGAUGUGGUUCGGGCUGUUAUUCGUGCCACUGGCGCAAACUUCGAUGGCAAAACGACGGGUAUGACCGUUCCGAGCGGAGAUGCCCAAGCUGAAUUGAUUCGUGAGACGUACAAGAAAGCUGGAAUUUCCAUGAACGACACUUGUUAUUUCGAGGCACACGGCACUGGAACGCCACUAGGUGAUCCAAUUGAGAUGCAAGCUAUCGCCAAAACUAUUGGUGCCGAGCGAAAAGCCGCGGAUAAUGGUCCUCUCUACGUCGGCAGUGUGAAACCCAAUGUCGGCCAUACAGAGGGUGCAGCUGGUCUGGCCGGCCUCAUCAAAGCAGUAUUGUGUCUGGAAGCUGGCAUUAUACCUGCUGUGACUCGCUUGAAAAAGCUGAAUCCCAAACUCCACAUGGAAGACUGGAAUCUGAUUGCGCCGAUGGAAAACGUAUCGUGGCCCCAGGAAGGUGUUCGACGAGCCAGCGUGAAUUCAUUUGGCUUUGGUGGCGCAAAUGCUCAUGUGGUUCUUGAUGAUGCAUUGCAUUAUCUCUCCUCACGUGGGAUUCAUGGGCGCCAUAUCACACAUCCAAUUCCUCUCCUGGGCCACUCGCCCAUCAACCACGACCUGGAGCAUGGAUCAUCGUCAUCGUCCGCAACGUCUUCCUCAGAUUCUUUGUCUUGUUCCGACAGCGAGGGUAAUUCUACUGGCAUUGCAGAUGACACCGCCAGCGAAGAUACCCCGGAUGUAGAACAGCAAGACCAUCUAUUUGUUUUCUCCGCCCAAGACCAAGGUAGCUUGGACAAGAUUGCUUCAGGUUACGCAGGAUUUCUCAAAGAUGAGCCUCAGAAAGACAACAUUGCCACCAUGCAGUCAUUGAGUCACAUUCUUUCAGAAAAGCGUACUAAACUGGAUUUCCGAAGUUUUGUUGUGGCGCAUAGCUUGGCCGAUCUCAGUGCCUCUCUUGAAGCAAACCAACUGCCCCGCGAGCGCUCAUCUCCCAAAGACAAAGCCAUCUUCGUUUUCACCGGCCAAGGUGCUCAGCGAGCCGGUAUGGCUCGUGAGUUGUUCUCUGACCCAGUGUUUAGCGAGAGCAUUCGGCGCAGUCAGAAGGUAGUGACGGCCUGCGGUGGUGAUUGGGAUAUAAAACAGAUGCUCAUGACGGGGUCGGCACAAGAGCUAGGAAACCCGCUUUACUCACAGCCUCUUUGUACAGCUAUCCAGAUUGGCUUGGUGGAUAUGCUAUCUACCUGGAACGUACAGCCAGCUGCUGUUGUUGGCCAUUCAUCUGGCGAAAUAGCUGCCGCCUAUUCUUCAGGUGUUCUAUCUCAUGAAGAUGCUAUGUACGUGGCAUACUACCGUGGCACACUUUCCAGCGUCGUCUCGUCACGAGCAGGAAUUCAGGGCAGCAUGCUGGCCGCGGGAAUAUCGGAAUCUGAGGCCGCCAAAUACAUCGAUGGCAACGAUUCGGUCUCAAUAGCCUGCAUCAAUAGCCCAUCUAGUGUAACACUCUCUGGUGAGAGCAGUGCGGUUGCAGAGGUACACGAUGCUUUGGUAAAGGAUGGCAAGUUCUCGCGCCAGCUGCGGACGGGGGUGGCUUACCACUCUCAUUACAUGGCGGUCGUUUCCGAUGAUAGCAAGCGCCUGCUAGCCGGCUUAGAGGAUAGGCUGGGACAAAUGCGAGUGCCGAUGUUCUCUUCUGUGACAGAGGAGCGCAUUGAGGGCAGCAGACUCGGCGGGGAUUACUGGAUGGAGAAUAUGUUGAGUCCCGUCCGAUUUGCUGGAGCAUUGCGCAACCUUGUAACUGGUGCGAAUAUCCACGACGACGAACUGCUAGACACUGAAUACAGCGCGAUCAUCGAGAUAGGGCCUUCUAAAACGCUUCAGGGUCCCAUCAAGCAGAUUCUCUCUGCUAUCAGCCCUCGAGUCGCAAAGAAGCUGCCAUAUCGCUCCAUGCUGGUGGCUGGGAGCCACGCGCGCAAGACAUCACUCGAGGCUGCGGGAUUCCUUUGGUCAACGGGACAUUCAAUUGACCUGAGAAAAGUCAACGGAAUCUCAGCAGCAUCCGAGUUGGACUUGUGCAUGCUCCCCCGCCUCCCCAGUUACCCCUGGAACCAUGAAAAUAGCUUCUGGCACGAGCACCUAGCCAGCCACGCUGUCCGUACUCGGAAGGAGCCCAGAACGGAUCUUUUAGGGAUGCCGGUUGAUGGUCAGAAUCCUUUCGAGCCUAGAUGGCGCAACAUUCUCAGCGUGGCCGAGAAUCCAUGGCUUGCGCAUCAUCGUGUGGCCUCGGCUUGUUUGUUUCCUGCUGCUGGAUAUCUUGUCAUGGCUAUUGAAGCCGUGUUGAAGUUGGCAGCAAAGGAUGUACAGAAAGAUCGAGUACUCCGAGGUAUUGAACUUACAGACGUGACAUUUGAAACUGGACUUGCGCUUCCAGACGAUGGCUCGGCUACCGAUAUUUCUAUAACCCUCAAACCGCAUGCGGCUAUGGAUGCAGUGUAUAGUUUCAGCAUUUACUCUGACUCUUUUGACCAGCCUGUACGCCGCCUUGUGGUUGGCUCUGUUGCUGCUAUUUAUGAAGGCCAACAUCAAGAAGGAGACCACGGGUUUGAAUUGGAAGUACAAAAACAGGAGUGGGAGGCGACCAGAGUCAAGUUACUGAAGACACAAAACCUGGCCAUACAACCUGUUGAUGUUAAGGAGUUCUAUGCCAAACUAGCAUCCGUUGGUCUGGAAUAUGGCCCGACCUUCCAGGCUCUAGAAAGCAUUGAUACUGUUUCCUCGGAGAAUGGAGCCUCGUCUGGUGGUGCUGCCUGCGGCACUCUCAAGGUGCCUGACACCAAGGCCAUUAUGCCCAUGGAAUACGAGUUUCCACAUCUCUUGCAUCCUGCGACGCUGGAUUCUGCGUUCCAUUUGGCCUUUGCUGCACUCGAGACCCAGGAGGAAAUGCUGCGCCCAGCAGUACCAGUUUCGAUUGAGCGUGUUUUCAUCUCAGCUGAUUUGCCUUCCAGCCCUGGUUCAACGUUUCUCGGCAUGGCCUCAACCAAACGCAUCGGAAAAGCGUCGCUUGUCGCCGACAUCCUCUUUGCCGAUACGGAGGUUCGUGGUCCGCAGAUUGUCAUUGAAUCGAUGGGACUGAGCGACGUGGGAGAGGCAUCAACUCAAGACGCUGGAUACAAUGCGACAAAUUCAGUCGCCAGCAAUCUGCGGACAGCUGACAUAGUAUGGAAAGAGGACAUUGCCAUGAUGGAAUUGCCUUUCCAUACUAAUAUCCAAGAUGGCCUAUCGCUGCUUACCUCAUGGCUCGAAUGCUACUUACACAAAUAUGCCAACGCAAAUGUCUUAUUUGCAGGAGCUGAGCAGGACAUGGAUCUUCUAGAAACUCUCCGCUGCACAGUUGCAUCACAUCAGAGGGCUGGCGGCCGGGGGAAGAUGUUUUCCUGCUCAUUGCCGCAGUCGGACGCAAGUGAGGACCACAGUACACUCCCUACAUACAUGCAGAAGUCUCUUGCAAAUGGCCCUUAUGAUGCAAUCAUACUAGUUGCUCACGGAGGCCGAGGAAACAGUCUCUUUUUGCAUUCCAUUUCACGCCUCCUUAACCCCGGCGGCCAAAUAGUGAGGCUCGAUGACAACGGCCGCAUAUGUAUGCAGAAGGGGGAUGAGGUGAGUAUUACUGUAGAUGGCAGCGAAAUUAGCCACUCUGGCAUGGCGAACUCGAAACAGCCAUCGUCAACGUUGUUGAGCACGUUAAUGCCAGAGCGUGUGAUCAUACUCGAGCGCAGUGUCAACGACCAGAAUCCGGAAGCUCUGCGGCUACGCGAUAGUUUGACCGACAUUCUAGGGCAAUAUGGGGCCCAAGUGACUAUUCAGUGCAUGGGUCAAACUCCUAUUGAAACCACCAAUUCGUACAUCAUCUCGCUGGUGGAAUAUGGCCAAAGCCUUGUGUACGAUUGGAGCGGGGAGGAUUUGAUCCAGUUCCAAAGCAUGGUGGCCAGCGCACGCUACGUGCUUUGGUUGACCACCGGCGGUUUGAUGACUCCUAAUGAAGACGGCCUGAAGUAUAGCCUUACUCAAGGGUUGUUGCGUACGGUUCGUGCGGAAUACCCCCAGCUGGUGCUGCCGCAUCUGGACAUUUCGCCAAACAGCUCGAGUCUUUGCGAAGACAUGGCGUCUAUUGUGACCAAGAUUCUGAGUAUGACCUUGCCUGGCAUUGACUCUGAGGUCCUUGUAGAGACCGAGUAUGCUGAGCUGGACAACAAAAUCUUCAUUCCCCGCCUCGUUCGUAAUGCAGCUAUGGAUGCUGAAAUCGAAUUGUUGGCAUCCAACACUACGUCGAUUAACAUCCGGUUGAACGAGUGCCCCCAACCUUUGAGGUUAUCCAUGGAAGGGUCUGUACAAUGGACGCCGUGCGAGCCACACAGCUCCGUAGGCGCUGGCAAGGUUUUGGUAGAGACCAGAUAUGUUGCUGGCUCGACUUUGGAAACGGCCGCCAUGCCGUGGGCCGUUGUCGGCAUCGUCCGAAAGGUAGGGGCCCGCGUGUCCGAUUAUCGCGUGGGCGACUUCGUUCUACCCCUCGACGUCUCCAUGGACCUUGAUGUGAAAACUAGCUUCAUUACCAGCACUUCCGAUCUCUUCAAAGUUCCCGAAAAUAUCUCGGCUACACAAUUGGCAUACUGGAUUACGCCAUUUAUUGUGGCGCACCAAGUCCUUAUUAACCAGCAGCAAUCAACUUCAUCAGCUUCUUACGGAUUGCUGUCCAAUCCUAAGAUGAUGAGUCAACUGACUUCUCAUCUGAGCAAGAAACUACAGCCAAAUCUUACACCUCCAGACAGUGCAGGCCACUCGCCUCUCCGGAGUUCAACACCAGAACUCCCAGAGCGACAACAUGCAGAUACCGGCGGUGUCCUGAUAGAUGUGGAAGAUUCGGCUUUGAGAGCUGCUCUGGGACAAACCGCACAUUGGCUUGGCCUAAAUGUGUUUGUCGUAGUACCCGAGGGUGAACAGGUCGAUGAGGAGGAGCUCAAUGGUUGUACCAUCCUGCAUCAGAUGACCCGCUCAUGUAGCAGGAUGAUGCGAAACAAAACUGGUGUUUCGGGUAUACGACUUGUGUUGUCAUCGCUUCAGAAUCCGGCAACUGUGAAACAUCUGAUGGCUAGUCUUGGGCCAGGCGGCCGCUUCGUGGCAGUCAACCCUUCAACUAACCGUGAGAACAACCUGAGAGCAGCUACUCCUCGUUUCGAUGUCACGCUAGAGCGUCUUGAUACUGCAUCAAUGGAUAUGUCCAAUAUGCGGAUUUCCAUGAGAGCUGUAUUCGCUUUAUUCUCCAGCAAGACGUUGACUCUCCCGCCACUACCACCCUCCAGCCAGAAGCCCAUAUCAGAGAUUGGCCAACUUUUAGAUCAAGCACAAGAUCAUAGACCCAUGAUCUUUUCGCUAGGGCCUCAAUCAUUCGUUCCAAUGCUUGUAUCUGGGCACUCUGCUCUUCUGCAGAGCAGGCUGGAUCCCGCUGGUACAUACAUCAUUUCUGGUGGCAUGGGUGCAUUGGGUCUUGAGAUGGCAGAGUGGCUAAGCGAACAAGGGGCCCGCCACAUACUUCUUCUAUCACGCUCUGGGAAACCGACCGACUCAGCUCUCUCCGCAAUCCGUCGUCUUUCUCAGCAGGGAUGUCGGUGUGAUGUGAUACGCUGCGACAUCAUCUCGGCUACUGAUGUAGAGUACGUGGCAUCUCAAGCCAAAAAGGAGAAUUGGCGUAUUCGUGGUAUCAUACAAGCUGCCAUGGUGCUUGCUGAUUCUCCAUUCGAGUCUAUGACAGGAGAACAAUGGACUACAGCCACAGCACCGAAAGUCCAGGGUUCCUGGAACUUGCACCAUGCUUUAGGCUGCCAUAAUGAUCUCGACUUCUUCAUCCUGCUUUCAUCUAUUUCUGGAAUCAUCGGCAACAGCGCCCAGGCUAACUACAGUGCCGGCAACACGUUUGAAGAUGCACUGGCUGCUCACAGACGCCAUCAGGGUUUCCCUGCCACCAGUCUGAAUCUGGGACUUGUCAAUAUGGAUACGGGCAACAUCGGUUCAGUGGAUGACUUCGUAAAGAAGUUUCCGCAUCUUGCAUCCGUUCUAGUUAGCAAGAAAGAAGUUAAGGCUGCGUUGCAGCUUGCUAUGCGCGGCAUUGGCUUGAACGGUUUGCAAAUACCCAGCCAAGUGGUAGUGGGUAUCUCGGGCUCUAUCCAACUUGACGACAAUGGAGGCAGCAGCUGGUCUACUGACCUUAAAUUCGUCCAUCGACUGGAUCGACAGCUACAAUCCGAUACUGCGGGCGAAAAACAACAAAAGGUAAACUACGAAAAAGCCAUCAAGAGUGCUAAAACAACCGAAGAAGCAAGAUUAAUUAUUGAAGAUGCACUUCGUGUGCAUGUCGCUGCCGCUAUGUCGUCGGAUGCAUCCAACAUUGACGUGGAUAAAUCGGUGACAGCUUAUGGAAUUGAUUCUCUGAAGGCUACAGAGGUGCGGAAUUGGUUCUUGAAGGAGUUUGAUAGCCGCUUGUCCAUAUUCGAGAUUCUCAGCCCAAUGCCCAUCUCGCGUUUGGCGCUGAGUAUCUUAAAGAACUCUUCAUAUAGCGAUCUGGCGGCUAAAUGA